AUGUGUCUUGGUGUUUUUGCCGUAGAUGGGGUGUCCCCUGAGCGUGACUGCAGUUAUCAGGAUGUUUUAAACCACCUGAAUCUGACCAGAAACAAUGAGUUGUACUCCAUGACCCGGCCUGUUAAAAACUACAAACGGCCAACAUCGGUAUCCCUGGAAGUGCUGCUCUACGCCAUUCUAGAUGUGGUUGAGAAAGAGCAAAAAUUCAUUCCUUAUGUUUGGACUGUCAUGAGGUGGCACAACGAAUACAUCUCCUGGGAUCCAAAUCAGUUUUGUGGAAUUGAUAACGUUUCUCUUCCAAACGAAAUUUUGUGGAAGCCAGAUCUCACAAUUGAAGAAAUGACAGAGAAGGACAAAGCUCCACCGAGUCCUUAUCUCACCAUCAACGAUAAAGGUGAUGUUGAAGUCCAGGAUGACCAGGUGCUGGUCAGCACCUGCAGGAUGCACAUUUACAAAUUCCCCUUCGACAUACAGAAGUGCAACCUCUCCUUCAAGUCUGUCAUACACACCGCCAAGGAAAUUCGGCUCCAUGCCAGCGACAACUCUUCAGAAGCCACAGAGUGGUCCCGCGAGGUGAUGCGGACUCAGUACGAAUGGCUCUUCAUCAACAUGACGGUUACAGACAAAAACGCCACUAAUUUGGUCGACCAGGACAUCAUCGUUUACACUAUCACCAUGAAGAGGCGGCCUCUCCUCUACAUCGUCAACUUCCUGCUGCCCGUCCUGUUCUUCUUGUGCCUGGACUUGGCCUCUUUCCUGAUCUCAGACAGCGGGGGUGAGAAGCUCAGCUUCAAGGUCACUGUGCUGCUUGCUGUCACAGUAUUACAACUUAUUCUGAAUGAAAUUCUGCCUUCCUCGUCAGACAGGAUUCCACUCAUAGCGGUCUACUGCAUCGGGAUUUUUGCUCUGAUGCUGCUGAGCCUCCUGGAGACAAUUUUGGUGAUGCAUCUGAUGGAGAAAGACUCCGCACCCCAACACAAUGAGGCAAUCAGGGACCACAGCCAGAGUGAGGACUGUAAAACACAGAGCAAAGCCAACAUCCACAGCUGUUACGGAGACAUGCCCAGAUGGACCCAGUGUGCAUGUAUCUAUGAUGCAUCUACAGGUGAAACUCCAUCUGAGCUGCUUACUGCGGCCAAUGAGGGCAACAGCAGCAAGCUGAUGGAGGAGUACCAUCCCUUGGAGAAGCUCUCAGAUGAGCUGAGGGGGAUGGAGAAAACGCUGUCUCUGCUCCUCAGCAGCAGGAAGGAGGAGGAGAGGCCCGGUCACUGGACCAGACUGGCGAAAAAAGUCAACAGAGUCUUCUUCGGUUUUUAUGUAACAGUGGUCAUUCUGUUUUUAACGGUUAUCUUUUUAAAAUGGAACGGUGCAUAG